CACAAAGAGACUGUAGGUGUAGGUCUAGAGUGCCCUCUGAAGAACAAAGCUUUCAACACAUUUAAAAUGGCCUCUUGUCAUUUUGACCGCCAUUUCUAGAGCAAUCAUAGAUUUUGUACAAAGAAAUAAGAAUGUCAUUGCUCUGCAACUGAGAGCCCCGAAUAGCUCAGUUUGUCUUACCUUAACAGUAAACUGUGAUGACAGGCCGAGGAAGAUCUGUUAUAUUUCAACAUAGAUGUGCUUUGAUUUGGGAUGUACGGCAUAGGCCUAAUGUACAUAGGUAUUUUAAGCCAUAUCAUAGACAACCUUUAACGUAAAGCAUAAUUUACUGUCUUUACAAACCACUGAACAACCAUUGUUAAAACAAACCGCAACAGAGCUGUGAAGCAGCAAACUUGCACGUCCAUGGCACGCACCUCCCAAGGCCCCACUAGACCCCGCCCUCUCCUCCUCACUCACCACGCCUACUCCUCAGCUUCCUCCGCGGCCAUGGUAACAACACCACGCAACUGACGGUGGAUAAGUGAAUUCAUAUUCUCUCGUCAAGUUAAGCCAUGGCGGAGUUGGCAGAGAUCUAUGACAACGCCAAGAAGGGUCGAGAGUAUGCCCUUCUCGGUAACUACGAUUCGUCCAUGGUCUACUACCAGGGUGUCAUGCAACAAAUCGAGAAAUACUGCCAGUCUCAAAGAGAUCCAUCUGUCAAGGCGAAAUGGCAGCAGGUACGCAUUGACUUAGACGAGGAGUACAGAAAUGUGAAAAGCAUCGUCAACACACUGGAAAGCUUCAAGACGGAGAAGCCAGUGGACUGUCCUAAUUUCAUGCUCGAGGAAGCCCCGCUUGACCCUGACGUAUGGCCACCCCCUACUCCAGCAGAACACAGAGUUCCAGUGCAGCCGUUGAAGCGUCCCAACAGUGCAGCAGCGAAGGUCCAGAAGAGAGACUCCCCAGCCAUGCAGCACAAGGGGCCCGCCAUCAGGGGCCAGCAGGUCAACCCUAAAACAGACAAGUCGCCCCGCAACGGACGCGGAGGAGCUGCAAAGGCCAAAGAUGAAAAGGGAAAGAAGGGUGGUCCAGAAGCAGCGGGGGAUGGAGAGGUGAAGAGAUUUGAUGGCUCAGGCUAUGAGAGUGACCUUGUGGACGCCUUGGAGAGGGACAUCAUCUCCCGCAACCCCAAUAUCAGCUGGGAUGACAUUGCUGAUCUGGAGGAUGCCAAGAAGCUGCUGAGGGAGGCAGUGGUGCUGCCCAUGUGGAUGCCAGACUUCUUCAAGGGAAUCCGCAGGCCCUGGAAGGGAGUGUUGAUGGUGGGUCCUCCUGGCACAGGGAAGACCAUGCUGGCCAAAGCUGUGGCCACGGAGUGUGGCACUACCUUUUUCAACAUCUCGCCAUCCACACUCACCUCCAAGUACCGCGGAGAGUCAGAGAAACUCGUGCGUCUGCUUUUUGACAUGGCAAGGUUCUAUGCUCCCAGCACCAUCUUCAUCGAUGAGAUCGACUCCAUGUGUGGGAGGAGAGGAACAUCGGAUGAGCACGAGGCCAGUAGACGAGUGAAAUCUGAACUGCUGGUUCAGAUGGACGGCGUGGGUGGCGCCUCGGAGAACGACGACCCGUCCAAGAUGGUGAUGGUGCUGGCGGCCACCAACUUCCCCUGGGACAUCGACGAGGCCCUGCGGCGGCGCCUGGAGAAGAGGAUCUACAUCCCACUGCCCACAGCGAAGGGUCGUGCGGAGCUGCUGCGUAUCAACCUGCGGGAGGUGGAGGUGGCCCCUGACGUGGACCUGGCCCUCAUCGCAGAGAAGAUCCAGGGCUACUCCGGAGCAGACAUCACCAACGUCUGCAGGGACGCGGCGAUGAUGGCGAUGCGACGGCGUAUCCAGGGCCUCUGCCCCGAGGAGAUCCGCGCCCUCUCCAAGGAGGAGCUCCAGAUGCCUGUCACCAUGGAGGACUUUGAGAUCACCCUCAAGAAGAUCUCCAAGUCCGUCUCCGCCGCCGACCUGGAGAAGUACGACGGCUGGAUGGCGGAGUUCGGAUCCGUUUAGCCACAGGAGUGGGGGUGGUGGUGGACGGGAUGGGAAGCAGAGCUUGGUUCUGUGUCGGGGUUAGGGGUGAAGGAUUUGGGGGUUGAGAGGAGACCUGGGGUGCGUUUCUCGAAAGCGUAGUUGUUAGCCAGUUAGCAACUUGGGUAGUUGCCAAUGGGAAAUUGCAUUGCAAACAACAAAGUAGCUAAUGUAGUUAGCAACUAUGGUUUCGAGAAAUGCACCCCAGGAGACAUACAAGGCCUGGAUAGACGAGUUUGGAUCCAUUUAGCCGCAGAUGGGGGUGGGUGGGGUGGACAGGGAUGGGUAUGUGGUAUUGGGGUGGGUUGGGGGAUUGAGGGUGGCCUGGAUUGGCAAUUCUUGGUGGCCGAGUUUGGAUCAGUUCAGCUGCAGAAGAGAGGUGGGAUGGGAUAGAGUGGAUGGCAUGGGUUAGGGCUGAAGGGGGUUGAGAGGGGACCUGGAGAGUACUGGGUGGCUGACUAUGGAACUGAAGAAAGAUGGUGAGACGGAGAGGUGGGGUUGGGCUUUGGGUUAUGGGGUGAGAGAUAAAGAAAAGACAAGGUGGAGAAACAGAAAAAUGCAAUACAAAGAGAAAAACAGUCAUGGUUUGGGCUUUGGACAAAGGGUGAGGGGUUGAAAAUCGACUGUUAUGGACAAGGAAGGGAGGUAUGAUGAACAGACGGAGAAGAAGGUGGGUUUGGGGUAGGAGGAACGAUGGGGUGGAAUGUGGGUUGUUGGAGAACCAUGUGAAGAAACAGGGUGAUGCAACAAAGUGGAGGGGACGGAGGAGGAUUGGGUAGGGGGUUGGAGAAGAGACCAUGCGUAGAAAGUAGAGGGUGCGGCACCACUGGAUGACUUCAUCAUUCCUAAGUCCUGUCGCUGGGCGUUGCCUUGGCGACUACUUGAAGCUUGUUUUUUAGUGUUCCGGAACGCU